AUGAUUGAAUCACAUCGAGACUCAAAAGCUAAAUUUAUUAAAGCUUAUCCCGGCGAAGAUAUUGAGAAAGUAGUCACUGAAAAAGGAAGAUCAAAGGAAAAUGAAGGAGGAGAAAAAGAGUCAUCUUCAGACAAUAAAUUAUCAGAAUCUAUUAAUGCGACUGAAUCAUCAAAAGCAAUAUUGCCUAACCAAGAGGAUGAUCCUGCCAAAGACGAAGUCGAAACAAGAGAAAAAGAUCUAUCUUCAAACAAUAUAUUAUCAGAACAUAUCGAUUCGGCUGAAUCAUCAAAACCAGAAUUAUUUAACCAAGAAGCUGAACCUUCCAAAGAUGAAAUUGAAACAAAAGAAACAGAUUCAUCUUCAAACAAUAAAUUGUUAGAGCCUAUUGACGUGGCUAAAUUAUCAAAAUUGGUAUUGGAUGAACCCGAACAAAAUGAAAAUAAUGCAACGAUCCCAGAAAUUACAUUUCAAAAUGCUUUUCAGCCAAAUCCAAAAUUUGUGGUUGCUAAUACAACUUCAAUUUCCUCGGAUGUAACUCCAAUUGUUUCACCUAAUAACGCAAUGGCAGAACAUAUACAUAAUGCAGCACUUGUAACAGAAACGCCAAUAUACAACAAUCCUAAUAAUAGGAAUCUAGUACCAGUUUAUCCAGCUCAUAUCGAUUUACCACCUCAGUUUCAUGAAGAGACAACAAAUGCAUCACCAACACCUUUUUCUGAAUACUUUACUCCAAACUUUGUCUCGGAGGAUAAUUCUUCCUCCAUAACUUAUACUUCUGACCCCCUUGAAUAUCCUCAUCAACCUCGCUAUCCACCAUCAACUGGAAUUUCACGCACACAACAAAAAUUGAUGCUUCAACGGCAACAUUUUCUCGCAGACGAUGAGAAUUUCCUAAUUCAUCCACGUAAUCAAUUACGAUUGACCAAAGUAAUCGAAAGAAUAAAUAGGGAACACGCUUCCAUAUUGUUAUAUCGUGAUCCAAUGAUGGAAAGUAUACAGAGAGUGAUGGGGAAAUACGCAAGGAAUCAUCCAGAAGUGUUGGACGAAGAUUUUGGCACAUCUUAUGAUGAUAAUAAAGAUUGGGAAAGAAAUAAAAAUAGCCUCGUUCCUUCUAGUAGUAGUAAUAAUAGUAAUGAAAGCGUGGGACAAAGUGCUUCUGCCUCUGCUAAUAUUAUUUCUGCCACCCUCGCCGAAUCUGGUAAACUCAAAGGAAAAUAG